AUGACCCUCGAGUUCAAUGUCAACGGCGGGGGCGAUGCCUUACUCGAUUUGACCUUUGAACAACAGCAGCGGGACCGGGCAGCUGCCUACGCCUACUCUACAACAACCACAGCUCACUCGAGUCCAGGGCCGUCGUCUCAUCUCGUCGCGGCAAUAGGCUCCUGGCCGCUACCCGUCAACAUGAACGCCGCCAGCGCCAUCAACUCUCCCCAGGAAGCUCGAGGCGGCUCUCCCGAGGAAUACCACCCAAACUCGCCUCUCUCACACAUGUCCAGCCCUCACAGUCACCCUUCGCCGGUCCAGCACUCGCCUUACCAGCAAGCGACGAACCCUCUGACCGACUGGGCUCUUCACCACCACCAGCAACAGGCUGCUCACCACCACCACCACCAGGCUUUGGCCGGCCAUGACAUGACGCACUAUAUCCAGGAAUCCACGCUGGUCAAUUACAAUGCGUACCCGAGCUACCAGCCAAAUCCCAUCGAUUAUCUACCGCCGACUACACAGGCUGCGAUGCAGACCCAUUUGCUAGAAUCACCGUUCAGCUCGAUGCCCCCUCUGGAUGACACCGCACAUGCAAUGCACUGGGGAGGUGCAGGGAUGGGAAACUGGCAGGACUUUCAAAACACUCUGCAGCUAGACGGAUUGCAGACUGUUGGCAGCAAUUCCCCCACCGGUACCUAUCUUGAGGUCCUUUCGCUGCCAUCCUCCUCUUCUGGCGAUGGCUGGGCGGUGGUGGACUGGGGAAAUCCCGGCCAUGAGCUGUUUCAACCUACUCCAAGCGCUGCCAUCUUCAACCCAUCGCAGACCCUGCACUUGAGGACCAACUCUGGUGGUUCAUCUGACGGUGGACGCUCAAACGAACUGAGCAACUUUGAAGAAGUCCAGUCUUUUCCUUCUCCCUACUCGGCACAUUCCGAUGGCCACACCGAUCAUCGAAAUUGCUACUCUGCUGAUGGCCAUCAUCACAGCCAUGACGGCCACCACCACCACCACCACGUCCACGCCCACCAGCACCACCACAGCCCAGUGGCGGCAGUUGCCCCAGUUUCCAUCAAGGCCGAGUCUUCCGUCCGCCACAGCCCUGGCAGUGGAGCAGGCUCAGUGUCUCCCUCUUCGUCCAGCACAACCUCAAGGAGAAGCAAUGGCAUUCGCAAGAGCCCCAUUGCCAAAGCACCCAAGCCAGUUGUCAGACGUAUUUCUAACGGAAAGAAGGAGGGAGGAAACACUGAGAAGAAGGUGGGCCGCAGAAAGGGUCCUCUUUUGCCAGAGCAGCGAAAGCAAGCCAGCGAGAUAAGAAAGCUGCGCGCUUGCCUGCGAUGCAAAUUUCUUAAGAAGACUUGCGAUAAGGGAGAGCCAUGUGCUGGAUGCCAGCCGUCUCACGCUCGCCUCUGGCAGGUUCCCUGCACGCGAAUUGACAUCAAGGACAUUGGUUACUUCAUGAAGGACUGGAAGGCUGACUAUGAGAGGCACAUGGACCGCGGAGUGUCUGUCUACAAUGUCAAGGGCUUUGCUCAAAAAGAGACCCUCAUGUGGAUCACCCACGGCUACGGCUUUGCCCUGCCCGUCAUGGUCCGCGAGGUCUUUGUUGCUGAUGACAGCUGCUUCUCUGUCGAGUGGGUUGAGUCAUAUGUUGCUACUAGCGACACCAUUGACUUCGAGACCCGUACCGAGAAGCUCGACGUUGGUGCCGAGGGCAUCCGUCUCGAUGCCCUUUCUGAGUAUCUUGACAAGCACAUCGAAGGUCCCUUUGAAGACUUCAUUGAUGAUCACUUUGAGGGCACUCCCUUCAUCACUGAGAUUCUCAAGACUGCCCACCGCUACUACGUCAAGGAGAAGAUGCCCGUCAUCCGAAAGGCCCUUAAGUUGGUCCUUGCCUACAACUUGACUAUGCACAUCACCAUGGUCGAGAGCCAGGGCUCUGAGAUGCCCCUUGAUGGUCAGAUCGACGACGAAGACUCCAAGUACUACGGCCGUACCGUUGCGCCUGUCAUGAUCAACUUCCAGAUUAAGUGUGCUCUGGCUGACAUGUGGCGCGAGCUCCAGCGGGACAUCCUGGAAGAGCUCUCUGCCUUGUACUCUGGAGUCUACAGUGGCGAGAAGAUGAAGAACUGGCCUACCAUUUUCCUCUUGGCCUCAAUCCUGCUCGCCGUGUGGGAAGAGAUGCAGUUCGACUGCCACUACCGUGUUCCUGACCCUGUGGCGGUGAACAAGUUCUGCAACGACAUGGAAACGACCCCUGUUGGUGUUAUUGUGGGUCUCUUCCACGCCAUUUCUCAGAAGCUUCCCGCCUUCACCGACUGGGACACCCGUCAGCACGGCCACCUGCUUCACAACAAUGUUGCGGUCUGUGAUGCCAUGACCGAAGUGCGACAGCAUGUCAUCAAGCAUGAGGCCUACCUGCGAACCCGAAGAGAGGCCAAGUUUGAUCGCUAUGACUUUGAUUCGCUUUCCAACAAGUUCCUUUCAAAGCUUGUUAUCCGGGCCAACUAAACCAACAGUGGGCUUUUUCUAAUUUGCUUUUUUCGUCAUCUCAUAUUUUCCCUUUUUUUUCUUUUUUCCAAUCGUAAUGGGGCCGGUUCAGCUAGGCGGACUAGCCAUCAUCAUAUUCUUCACGACUUUCCUUUUACAUAUGAUUUUUAUACGGUCAUUCAGCGACGGCGUUGUGAUAAAGAUUCUCUCUGCAUAAAUCUUUGAGAACGACUUAUGAGCUCGCGAUCUACUCCACCUUAGCGUUUCUAUUCUCUUCAUGGGUUGACCGCCGCCAUGCACCACGACGUUAUUGCGGAAUGUCUUACGAGCCUGAUAUGACUUUCUUCCACGAAUGUAUGACUUGAAGAAGAAGAACUCUCUCUUUACAUCCUUAUGCACAUCUCACUCCCCCUCACCACUAUAUCUAUCUUUUGGCUUUUUGGUUUUGCGUUUUUCCAUCUUGGGCAGCUCAUCUACACUUACUUUUUAUUGCGGGGAUUUGCGAUUUGCGAUUUGAUUUUUUCUUGCUUUUUGAAAUGGAGAGAUACAGAUACUCUCAAAAUAUGUUCGUUAUGGGAUUACAAUGUUGCACGAUGUAGUAUUAUGGAAUCUACAGGCGGAGAGUGGUUAUGCAGCAUAGAGCGAACAUGCAUGGUAUUAGGCGCCUUGGGCCACGGCGUUUCGACCUGGCCUUGGAUGGAGUGGGAUGAUUUGAACACAUGGUGCCUUGAACAGUUAGGCAGUUGGGUGCGAUGGCUGGGCAUGCCACGAAUAAAAAAAGCUUUGACUUGUCUGUUAAUGGAAGCGAUUUGAUUUG